AUGACUAAGGGAAUGGUAACAUUGUCAAGAUAUGGACUUUUCAAAAAAAGAGGAAAAUAUAGAGUGGCAUAUGUUGAAACAAAAUCUCAAUGCAGAGAGAAAUAGAUAGGGUCUAAAAAUCAAUCAUUAGCAGAUUAAUUGUCUGCUAGAAUGCAAUGCCUCUGCCUAGGAAUAUCAUAUGAGAAUAGUAUGCCGAAUAAAAGACAAAUACUAGUAAUUAUGAAUCCAAGAUCAGGUAAAGGCUUAGCCCAACAAGAUUGGUAAAAAGCUUUACCUGUUUUAUCUAAAGGGCACUUAGAUGUUCAUCUAGUCGAAACUAAAUAUUUUAAGCAUGCAUACGAAAUAGUUUCUGAGAUUAAACCUGGAUAAUAUGAUGGAAUUGUAACAGUAUCUGGCGAUGGAUUAAUUCAUGAGGCUGUGAAUGGAAUAUUUUAGAAUAAGGAAAAAGAUUAAAUUUUAGAUUAAGGAUUGAGUUUUGGAAUAAUUCCAUCAGGCACUUCAAAUGGAUUCUGUAAAUCCAUCACAGAAAAUAUUGAAGAAGAAUGUAAUAUUGAAGUUGCUUCUUUCCUAAUAGCCAGAGGUAGAAAAAGGCGCAUAGACUUGACUGAAAUUGAAACAGAAUAUAAUUCUAAAAAGAAAAUAUACAUGCUUUUGAGUUUAUUCUGGGGUUUUCUUGCAGAUUGUGAUAUUAAUAGUGAAUUUUUAAGAUUGCUAGGGCCUCUAAGAUACUCAGUUUGGGGAAUAUUCCGUCUUAUAUUUAUAAAGCAUUAUCCUGGAUCAAUAUAUUACUAAGGCAGAUUAUACAAAAAUAAAAGCAUUGAGAGAAAUGAUGUGUAGUUGUAGGAGCCAUUUUAGGUAAAGUUACCAGAACUAAAAAAAGAUGUUGUAUUAAAAAGUGCAUCUUAUGAUUAUUAGUUUGAGAAUAGAAUUUUCUCUUAUGUAUUAAUUAUGAACUGCCCUUUUAUGGGAGAGACUAUGAGAUGUGCUCCUUUAUCUUCCAUCUAAGAUGGCUAAAACGACAUUAUAGUUUAAGAAGUCAAUCAAGGCAGGCUGAAAUUAGCUAAUCAACUAAUUUAAAAUGAUUAUGGCUCUUACUUUGAUUCAUAAGGCAACAUUAAAAGCUCAUUAGGCAUUGAUUAUGCAAAAUGUACUUAGUGGAGAAUAGAUCCAUUCAAUAGGACUCCAGAAAGUAAUAAAAGCGAAGUAACUCAGAUUGAUUGUAAAUAUCAAAGCAGAUUCAGAGAUGAUAGAACUGCAUUCUUUGAUAUAGAUGGAGAGAAGUAUCCAGCACAAAGGAUACAAGCUAGGGUUUUAAAGAGGUUUUUGCCAGUUUUUAGUUGA